UUUGAUUGAUUGAUUGAUUUGAUUGGUUGAGCUCAGAUUGGUUUUGGCACAGGCUUAUGCAAACACAGCUCUAAACCAAUCAGCGGACGCGUUUCAUUGGUUAUAUAAAUAUAAUCAUCGUUAUCUGUGAAAGCAUGGUAUAGGUUACUUUGCACUUCUGCAUUUCUAUUGUUUUUGGCUUCUCCUCAUCUACUGCCUCAAAUAUCAUCAGUAUAUUACUUCAUUAUGAUCGAAAAUUUCUUUAUCGAGUGUGGUAAAAGGAAGAAGAAAGAGGAAAACGAAGAAUUGGAAGAAGGAAAACGAUCAAAUAAACUAGCGAGGAAUAAUAUUUUGGGUAAAUUCGAUGACAUUUCGAUACUCUUGAGCAGAAGGCUUGAGCCUGAAUGGAGGAGAAUUACAGCUGAGAAUUUAGAAUUGCAAUAUAGUAUUCUGUUUAAGGCUGGCGAUGCGUACAAGAUGUUCAAAUUCCUUGAAAAAGAAAUUGAGUAUGAGAAAGAGAGUAAGGUUCAGGUUUUUGGAAAGUGGCAUCAGGUCCCACGGAAACAAGCAUCAUUUGGAGAUUAUGGCUUGAAAUAUACAUUUUCAGGGACAACAGUUACUGCAGAACCAUGGACUCCAUUUCUUGAAGCACUUCGGGACAUGUUGGUGAACAUGAUUGGGGUGUAUUUCAAUUUUGUUCUGAUUAAUCGAUACAAAGAUGGUAUUGACCACAUGGGUGAACAUAAAGAUGAUGAAAAAGAGCUGAUUGCCAAAAGCCCAAUAGCUUCUCUAUCCUUUGGUCAGGAGAGACAAUUUGUUUUUCGUCACCAGGAUUCAAGAGGAGCCAAAGCAACCAGAAAAAUUGAACCUGUCAAACUUUGUCUGCAAUCAGGCAGCAUCCUGCUAAUGAAUCACCCAACUAAUUCAUUCUGGUACCAUUCACUGCCAAUUCGUAAAAAUUGCCGUGGACCAAGGGUUAACCUUACAUUUAGACAAAUGCACACAAGGAAAUGAUUCUAAUGCUUGCAUUGGAUGUUUAUAUUCCCUCUGGAAAAGGAGAUGUAUUAUGUCGAUGAAUAAAAACUACCCUAUUUUGGAAAGGCGUAAAAAAGGUUGUGCAACAAAUGUUGCAAGCAAUAAAGUGUUUUGAACUUUUGAUUAGAGUCUUGUAUCCAAUAUAUCUCAGAAACAUUCAUAUCUUUUUAUAUUUCUAGUUAUAGUCAUGUGCAAAUUAAGUAAUUAGGUAACUGAAACUUAUCAGUGUAUGUUACUGAUGAUGGCUAAGAUUUGUGAAUUAAAUCAAUAAAGUUUAAGUUAAUAGACUGGAUAUAGGAUAUAGGAUAUGUUUAUAAAUGUAGAUUCAAACCAUUUCAAACCAUUUACUUUAUAAGGAUAUAGGAUAUGAUAGUCCAGGCUCCUCAAUGUGUGUUGAGGUCAAUGUAUAGAUUAAAUUAUGCAGUUGAAUAAAGCAAAUAUGUCAUA